UCCGGUUAAAAGUCUGAGAAAUGCGAAUAACUUUCUUUUUUUAACACCCAAACGAAGUUGGUGACUGAUUUGAUUUCCCCUUAAUAUUAUACUCAACGAAUGAAUAAGAGAACGUGAAGGUCAGCUCUUCACGUGAACCCCACGUGCCGAUUUCACGCAUCACUUCUCGCUACGGUUCUCAUUUUCCUUAACCGCGAAGCCUCUCUCUCCGUAUUUUCGAAAAUUAAAAUAACUAGAUCCAGUGUUUCGCACCUUCGACUAUUUCCCUACGUAUCCUACGUGUCACAAUCACACUUUUCGUAGCCGCAAAUCUAUCGAUCGUAAUAUAUUCAUUUAUUUCUCCUUCUUCUACAGAUCUCUCUUCUUUACUUACUCAUCAUCAUCACAACUUCUCAGAAAAAGAUCUGAGAUUUGAAAAUGAAGCUCGAAUUCACCAUUGUUGCUAUGAUGCUGAUGCUCGUACUCGUCUCCGGUGAGAUUUUAACUAAAUCCUCACCGGCUCCGUCACCGGAUCUAACCAACGACGCUGCAGAUUCGCCUUUAAUCCACGCACCACCACCACCGACAAUCAGAUCUCCUCAUUCACCAGCGGAAUCUCCAACUGAAUACUCUUCUCCUCCAGAGCCUGAAACAAAACACUCUCUAUCUCCAUCACCUUCUCCGGUGAACUCUCCAUCGAUCUCUCCACCAUUACCGAAUGAUUCUCAGUCUCCUUCUUCGUCUGCUUCUCCGUCUCCGUCGCCUGAAGCUAGCGAUUUGAAUCACAGUGAUAUUAAAGGAAUCGAAGGGGAAAAAUCAUCGUCGGGAGGCGGUGGAGAAAUGAGCGGCGGGAAGAAAGUUGGGGUUGCUUUUGGAGCGAUUGCGGCGGUGUGUGUGGUUGGAGUCGCCGGAUUUGUGUACAAGAAACGGCAAGAGAAUAUUCGUAGAUCUCGUUACGGUUACGCCGCCAGAGAGAUUCUGUAAUGAGAGAAGAGAGAGAGAUCCGGCGAGGAUUAGUUUGACUUAAUUUUGAUUUUUUUUGUUAUUUAAAAUUCGACAACAUUUAUUGAUAUAUUUUUUCUCUGUCGUAUCUUAUAAUCUUUGAAUUUUUGCUUCAGAUGUUUGGUAAUGCAUGCUAAAAUAAAUAAUAUAAUGAUACUUUAGCUUA